AUGGGGAUCUCACCGACUCAAUUCGCCGUUACGGCGAGGCAGUCGGCGAAUUGGUCGGACGCGAAGCGGAGGGUGCUUGCGGCAUAUCGAGAUUGGAUUCGCGCGGCACCCGAAAUCCAGACGAUGUACUCGGUCCCACAGCCCGUUUCCGCGAUUCGAUCCCGCAUCAGGCAGGAGUUUGAGCGCCACCGAUACGUUAACAAGCUGCCUGUGGUGGAUAUUCUUCUACAACAAAGCAACGCCGAUUACCAGGAGACUAUGAACUUCUGGCGCCAAACGAACCACAUCAUGUCCUUCUUCAAAGAAGAAAACUUUAGGGGGGAGAAGAGAUUGCCGUCAAAUUUCAUCGAGGGGUUCUUGCAGGGUCGCAACUAG